UUCUUUGUCUUAGACCAGUUUAAAAGGAAAUAUGAGGCUUUGGGGUCCUGAAUGACAUUGGGCUACAUCUUAGGGACUCUUGAGUCUAUCUGAGGGUACAUCUUUCUGUAAUGCUGGCAUAAGGAGCUAUGAGACCCAUUAGCUUGUUCUGACCCUAGGAUAUAUAUAUAGGAGAGAUACUACAAUCCUAGGUCUUUGGAACUGAGAGGAAUCUCUGGAGUCACUUAUUGGAAUUGCUUAUUCCCACUGAGAAAGCCCAGUGAGAAUUUUCCAGGAGACACAAAUAUGAGGAGUCAGUUUAAGAUCUGAUUCCCUGAUUCCUGGUCCUAUUUCUUUGCAUCAGUAAUGUGCUCUCACUCCUGAUACAGUGGAGAGCAAAGUAAAAACAGCUAAACUAUUCAAAAGGAACAAUAAGAAAACAUUAUAAGGCAUGAAAACCCAAUCAAACAGUUGUAUUUCAACAUGAGAGAAACAGUUUGCAGCAGAUUUUCAGUUUAAAUACCUGUUUAAUUUCAUGUUUAAAUGCAAGCCAAAUCUCAGAUUUAGGACAGGGGAUCUUCAUUAUCCAGAUGAAUAUUCCUGCAUAAGGAAGUAGGGAAAAAGGCCUGUAGAAACCUCUGUCAUGGUAGGUUAUAUGCAGAAUCCAAUGCCAGCAGCUGGCUAUAUGUGUCUGGGCUGGCAUGGUUGACUCUCUCCCAAGGAUGGUCAUCUAGUGAGUUCCUCUUCUUGACAUCCCAGGUACAAUUGGCCAUGAUGCCCUCUGCAUGGUCAAACUAUAUGUUUCCUAAGAGACCUUGGGCCCAGUUUUGUCAUCUUACAUGGAUCUGUUAACAUUACACUGGAUAGGUUAAGCACUGACCUGUAUUAUGAUAGCCAGUUCAUGAUGUCUAUAUAGUAAUCUCUUAGGACAUGGUAAGUGAUUAUGAUCAUCAUUAGUUUUGCGCCAUGUGUCAGGUUCUUCAUUUAAACUGGAAGCUUAUUCUUGUACUUGCUAUGUGCUAGGCACAGUGCGAAGAGAGAUAAUAUUUAUUUUCAUCUGGAAUUAAUCUCAUUUUAACUCCAAAAGAAAUGACUAGAGAAGAUUAGGGAAGCCCAGACAACUUGUCACUUAGCAGUCUCAAUCAAAAUUCAUUAAAAAGAAAAGACGAUUAUAAAUGAGGAAGAAAGCAAUAUAUAAAUAUUUCCUGUUUUAUCAUUAUGUAUUGUUUUAUUUGCUACUGUCUCUGAACCAUGGUAUUUUGAUAGGAGUUUUAUAAGUUCCUAGAAUGAUAUUGUACUCAAUUGUGCAUAUAUUCAAACUUUUUAAAAGAAGCCUCUUGGUGUUUUAAAUAUAUGUUAUUUCAAUGUAUUGCUAUUUAACUUCAGAAUGUUUCUCAAGUGGUUUGAUGGCAGACUGGUGUUACAGAAGGGGCCACUAAAUAAGUUAGCAGUGUUUUACUAUGAAUCAUUGACUAACUUCAGCUAUAAUCUUGAGUCUCCUAACUUUUAGAUGUAUGACUUUUUAGUUUAUCAAUUAUAAUCAUGUAUGCAUAAAUGUAAACUUUUGCACAUGUCUAUAAUAAUAAAUGAACCUUUAUUUUAAAAAAUGGGAAACAGAAACAAUCUAGUUGAAACCCUCAGGAAAGUAAGCCUGUGAUAAAACCCUUAAAUGACAUAACAUACUCACCAGAAUUAAUAGGAAUAAUAGGAACAUAUGGGAUUCCACCUUUAAAAAGAGAAUGGACAUAUUAUAAUUACUUACCUGAUUAUUUUUGAAAAGGUCAGCUUAAAGCAAAAAAGAUGAACUGGUUUAUCAAAAUAUGGAGUGUAGUAGAAUAAAAGUAGUUCACCUUUAUUUUUCUUUAGCUUUCUCAUGCAUCUGUUAAGGAGCAGUAAAAUGAACAAAAGAUACUGCGAGAAAUCUGGACUGUGGUAGACUCUAGAUGAAUGAAUAAUCUUAAAACUUUUCACAUACAAAAUACUUAUAUUUAGUUCUAAAAACAAACAUAAUAGCCUCUGAGAAAUGGUUAACUUUCUAUGUUCCACUGUGAAUUACAUACCAAUAGAAAUAUAAAAUGCUUUAAAGUUUGCUGUAAUUGAAAUCUAUUGAAUUUUAUUUGGGAAAAUUACCCCCUUUUAUAAGGUCGGUAAUUCUUAACAAGGUUAGGAAAUUCCUUUCGUGCUACCAUUUAGGAACAUGUUUAAAAUGCAUAUAUAUAAUUCUAAGGUUAAACAGUCAAUGUGACUCUCCUCUUGACACAUUUUGCUUGAAAGACCUGUAAUAUUCCUUCAGAAACAGCAACAACAAUAACAGCAACAACAGCAACUCCAGCUUAUUUUCAAAUCUGUUACAAAAGAAAGCACAGAAGGAAACAUUCUUGAGAUCUUACGGUUCCAAAGAAGUUUAUCUAAAGUUCAUAACUUGUUGGGUCUGAUCCAUUGGAAGAAAAUAUCUCACUCGCUAGUGUUAAACUUGCAGAAUGAGUGAUUUUCUUUUUAAACUUUUUACACUAUCCUCUGGGAUUCCAAACCUGUUCUGAAGAGGAAUCAUAGGAGGGAAUGGAAACAUCUUUAACUCAUGACAGUUGCCUAUAUGGCAAAAAGUUAUUUGUAAGUUUGCUAAUCAUCUGGUUAAAUUUAUUAGUGUUGACAGCUAAAAGCUGUAAUUUAAAUCCCAAAGGGAAAAGUUUGAAGCAAAGUAAUAAUACCAAAGAAUUGCCAAGUCUCCAUUUUGUUUCAUUCUGUCUAGACAUGGUCUUAAAUCAUGGAGUCUACAGCAAGAUUUUGAAUGACAGUGUCCAGUUUUCUAAAAAGAAGGUUAAGAAAAUGUUAUUUGGAAUUUCUUCAUAGUCUUAGAACAUGCAUGUACUAAUUUUGGAGGUUUUCCACCUGUGUAAGCUUUAUGUACAAAAUAGAAAAUAGAUGCCCAUUUUGAUAAAACUCAUUUGCCUGACUAUUCAUAAAGGUGUUGAAGCCACUAAAAUAUGAGUGAAUAUACUUUCACACCAAGAAUACCAGUAGCCCUUUUUCUUAAGUAAUUGCCUGUUGAUACCGUAGCUUUACCUUGUAUAUAAACAUUAAUAGACAUUUUGUAUUUUGGGACCCAUGACUAUUUAAAUUAUUUUAAUGUUAUUUUUUUUAGUGGUUUCCGGUGCAGGAAGCAGGUGGGUUUCGCAAUGUCUGUAGUCAUUUUUCAUCGCUACAACUAGCAGGAGAGUGCUGGUAUCUAGUGAGUAAAAGCCAGAGAUGCUGCCAAACAUCCUACAAUGCAUAGAACUCCCCCCACAACAAAGAAUUAUCAAGCGCAAAGUGUAAAUAAUGCUGAGGUUGAAACUGUGCCCCAGAUGGAAGGAACCUUAUUUUUCUCCUCUUUGCCAUAUAUAAUGUAUUUUUUAUCAUUAAAAUUCAUAAAGCAUACUCUUAGAAUAUACUAAUAUUAGAGACAAAUAUACGCCUUAAUAGUAUAAAUGAUUAGGUAUAUGUAGGGCAUGAAAUUAUAGCAUCUACUUGAUAUGUGGUUAUAAAAUUAUAAUACUGAAAUACCCCAAGGAAAACAAAUAAAUAGAUAUUUGGUAAAACUUAAUGUGUGUCAUAGAGUUACAUAUUGCUGGACUGGAAGGAGCCUAAUUUGAUGGUUCCUAAUUGGGUUGAUGUGUUGAUGAGCAUCAGUGCUUCAGAAUUAUUUGAUGAGAUACCUAGUUCAAAGACGAAUGCUUGGAGUCCCACGUUAAUACUGGAUUAUGAAGGCACAAGGUCCAAGAAGUACUUUUUAUAAGCUCACUCAUUUCUGUAACUACAAAUAUAAGUGAUUCUUAUGACCUCAAGCCACCAUCUCCAUUCCACUUCUUCUGAGAUUUACUGUUCUAUCUGUAUUACAUGAAGGCUUGAUGAUGUUGACAUUCCUCAGUUACCAUUGUUAGUGAACUAAAAAAACGGAUCAUUGUUUCUUCCUUAUUGCUUUGUUAAGAUUGCUUUUUAAAUGUUGAAAUAUUGGUUUUCCUAUCUUGGUACAUUCAUUCUCCUUACAUAAUGCCUUCUGGCUGUCUUCUGUCAGGCCCAUUCCUAUAGUGUCUGAUGAUAUAGAUAUUGUCUCUGCCCUCAUGGAGCAAGAGAGAGAUAGAGAAAAAAAAUAAGCAAACAGUAAAGCAAAGCUGUAGGAGUCUUAACAAAUGGAGCAAAACAUUGAACUACAAGUGGCCUAGCAAUCACAUGGUUCCGCUGAGACCUAAGGAGUUGAAGUGACUUGCCCAGGUUCACCUAAUUACAUGGCUGUGGUGGAGGUGAAAGGAGGGCGUGGGCCUCUGGAUGUCUAUUCUCUCAUUCCACACUAGAAGGCAUGCAGGUGGGGAACAGGAGCAUCUGCUACGUGUGGAAAAAUGUGAGGGACUGGCCCAUGUGUGUUAUAGGACAAGUUGAUACCACCAUCAAGCCUAAUGGAGGUAAGGGAAGUUGUGGGCCAUUCCGAAGACGUUUGUUCACUCUACCCUUCACACUCUCAUUGGAGUAGGUAAACAUCAAAGAGAAAGUGACUAACAUUUCUUCCUUUCUUACUAGGACACAGCCAUGGCUGCGCUGGUUGGUAUUCCUUUAAAGUCUGAAGAAUCAAGAGUUCCUGAGUGUGUUUUAUUCCCUGUCCUGGCCGCUAGGCAGUCAGUGGCUGCCCAAAUUGUGUUAUGGAAAAGUGAAGCAUGGGAAGGCAGAAAAGGGGGGAUAAUAUUAUUACCUGUGAUUGAGCAAGCAGGUAAAGGAGGAGAAAACGAAGGGUAGGAGGAUUCGAGUGGGGAAAAGGGCAUGUUUUCCAUGCUGCUUUCCCUUUCCUGCUGUGAACUUCAGAAUGCACUUGCCCAUUGACCACACUGUGAGUGUGGGUUAUGAUUCUAGGCCAGCUUCCCAGACCUUACUUCACCAGUCAUGCAUUCUCUGACCAUAACACUAAUAGUACAAUGGUACCAAAAUGUUAAUGUAACAUUUUGAAACAGUGGGUAAGAUUUGGAUAGGAUGGUUAGCAAGUUGGUUUAUCAAACUUAGCCUGUAAAUGACCACACAGGUUAGGAAAUAGAAAAUAAUUUACAUUAUGUGAUAUAAUACAUAAGAUUGUCACGUGGAAAAACAAUACAAACUAGAUUGAAUAUUCACCAUAUGAGAAAAACACUUUUUUUCCUUUUGAAUCACAUUAGCUUUUAAGAAUCUUCAAAACUUUUUCAGGAACAUGUUAUGUCCACCCCAACCCCUUGUUUUUUGGUUAAUUGUUGUUUGCCCUAUCCUAAGGACCAACAGCUGUACUUACUUCAACUUAGUUUGUCAGUCUUUUAAAUUUAUUUUUCUAAAUUGAGAAGAGCCUGAUUAAGGAGUUCUGUGGCAAUAGAAAAUCUCUCUUUAAUUCAUUGCCAAAGCAUAGAGGCUUCUGUAUAUAGUAUUUAAAAGUAAAGCUCUAAAGUAAUUAUUUCCUUGGAUCCUAAGAGGACUCGUGUUAGUGAAAGCAAAGCGGGACUUAUUUCGACCCACAAAGAAGAGCUGAUUUAGAGGCCAUGUGGUGAUGCCAUGGGAGAGGCGCAUGCACUGCUGGUUUAGGAUGAGCUCUUCUGAUAAGCUCUCAGCUGUUACAACAGAUAAGAGAAAAUUGAUAGUUUCAGAAAGCAAUGAAAGUCAACUAGGACUACUGAUAAACAGCAUCUAUGAUUCUUUUCAAAUGUUUGAGUACAAAACACUCAUAUUUUAAUUUAAUAAACAAUUACUGGAGACUUACUAUGUAUGAUAUGCUAGAAAUGUUAGAUGCUCUAAAAGAACUAUAGGGCAGAGUUCUGCCCUUAAAGACCUUAGAACUUUUUAGGGAAGAGUCAGGUCCCACUAUAGGGGCCGUGUGUGUGUGUGUGUGUGUGUGUUUGUUUUUUGAGACAAGGUCUCACUCUGUUGCCCAAGCUGGAGUGCAGUGGCAUGAUCAUGGGCUCACUGCAGCCUCGAACUCCCUGGGCUCAGGUGAUCCUCCCACUUCAGUCUCUCGAAUAGCUGAGACUACAGGAGUACACCACCAUGCCUGGUUAAUUUUUUGUCUUAUUUUUGCAGAGAUGGGGUUUCGUCACAUUGCCCAGGCUAGUCUGAAACCCAUGGGCUCAAGGGAUCUGCCCUCCUCGGCCUCCUAAAGUGUUAGGAUUACAGGUGUGAGCCACUGUGACUGGCCCAUGUGUGUUAUAGGACAAGUUGAUACCACCGUUGAGCCUAGUGGAGGUAAGGGAAGUUGUGGGCCAUUCCAAAGACAUUUGUUUACUCCACCAUUCACACACUCAUUGUCUCCUACAUAUCACUCUGUCCAGGUAAUCAGCCUGUGUUUUCUAUUACAGAUAUUCAUUCAAGUAUUUUCCAUCCUUUUUGAAAUGUCCUAGAGAACAAGGAUGUUGCCUUACUAAUCUUAUUCUCAGUGUUUGUCAGUGUCUGCUAAACAUUUGUUAGAGUUAAUGAUUAAGUGAAUAAUGCAUGGAUUAAUUCGUGAAUGCUUUGUGAAAGCAAUGGAGAUAUGGAUGUGGACUGGUAGAAUGGAGGACCUUCCCCUAAUUGAGGCUUAGAGUGGAGGGCAGAGGAAGUAUUCCAGAGCUGGAACAAGGACAUAGUGAUGAGCAUGCCAUGUAUUGGGAAGGCAAUCCUCAGAUUACACAAUAAAUUAGAAUGCGUGCCAAUACAGACUCCUUAGGUUGCAAGUCAUGGGAAACCUAGCUUAGAGUGGAUUAAACAACAUCACACAGCAACUCUUGACUUUUUUCAAAUGAGGAAUUGGCCCCAAAGGUAACUCCUAUUAGUGAAAGCAAAGCAGGAAAUUAUUUUGACCCACAUAGAAGAACUAAUUUAGUUGAUGUAGAGGUUCUAAUUACGCUAAGUAACUGAAUAGCCUAGUUAAGGGGCAAAACAUCAGGUACAGUUUGCAGCAGACAAUCAACUAAUGUAAACAAUCCUGGUUAUUUUUCUCUCUUAGGUUCUGCCUUUCCUACAUUGUGCUUUCCUACUUAUGAUGUCUUUGUUCUUAUAGUAGCAAAAUGGUUAUAGUAGCUCUAAGCCUUGCCUGUUCACAACACCAAAAUACAGUGGAGCUUGCUAGCUCCAAUGUCUCUUGCGUCUGAAUGACUCUGAUUUUAUUUGCAUACCUCAAAACCAAUCACUGUAUCCAGGGAGUUGGGAUAUGCCAGUCUGACCCCAUGCCAUGAGGUGGUAUUCAUUGAUUGCCUCCAAGCCCUCUCGUAGGUGCUGGAGAUGAUGUUUAAGUUGCAACCACAUACCUAUACCCUUAUUCUGGCACUCCCUGUGUUCCUUCCUUGUUUUAUUUUUCUCAAUAGCAUUAACUACCUUCUAACAUACUAUCUGACUCUUGUAGUGGGUUGUCUGUCUCUCCUUGUUGGAAUGUAAGCUUCACAAGGGUGUAUGCAUUUUUGUCUGUUUUGAUCGCUGCUCCAUCCGCUGUCCAGCAUAUGUAGGGACUCUAAAUAUUUGUUUACAUAAAUGAAAAAAUAAAGAGACAAGGUUCUUACUUUCUUAGGCUUACAUUCUCAUGUAUUGAUAUUAUGUAAGCAAGGAAAUAUUUAUAUUAAUUAAGAAAGAAAAUGCCAGUUACUGAUAAGUGUUGUUAAAAAUAAAACAUGGUGAUGGGAAAGCAAAUGUGAAGGGUGGUUUAAUGUGGAUGGCAAUUCCACCUCAGUUGUUGGGCCAUUAACAGGAGCAGAAUGGGUGACCAAAGGAAAUUCCUGGGACUGCACCAGAUAAACUGGAGAUAGAGGUAACAGAAAUGAUCUUUCUUAUAGAAUGCAUCUUAUGACUUAAUCAAACCAGAAACAGUUGUAUCCUUUAGGGAAAUUACUAUUUUCAAGAUUUUUGCUAGCUGCUUCUUGGCAAGUUUUGUGAACUUUUGUUGACUUUUAACUUUAUGUCACUCAUCUCUUAAAACUGUAGAUCACUUUUGUCUUGCUAGGUACAAUGUUGGUGUCACACAGUCUUCAUUACGUGCAUGUGGGUGGCACAUUUCUGAUGUCAGGCUAUCUUCCUUCCUAACACUCCCUUGCACCAUUCCAGCAGCAUGAUCUUAGGGCCUGUAAGCCCAUUUUAAUGUUAGUCUUAAACAUCUGACAUACACACACACACACGGACAUUUUGGGAUUAUAGUGAUAUUGUGAAAUUGAAUGUAUAACUGGAAUCAAGUGACAUUUGAAUGAGACAGAUUCAUAGAAGUCAUAGGCUCAUCCUUGAGGGGAGGGAGAAAUUUAAUGUAAAAUGAAAGAUAAGUUUAAAAAAACCUCACAUAUAUACAUAUAUUAUGUAUAAAAAGAAAAUCUAUGAAUGUAUACACUAAAUUAUAUAUAUUUAUACAUAAGAGACUGGAUUUACAAUCUUUGACUCAUUAACUCACCUGAUAAUUAAUCAUGAAAUGAUUAAAUUCAGAAAGGGAGUUUUAUUACAUGAAGUUGCUCAUUGCAGAUUUCACUGCAAAUGAGGAAGACAAUUGGAAACAUCCUAAGUGUCCAAAAAGAGAAUAGUGGAAAUCAUAAUAGUCUACCUCAAAUGAGGGUGAUUGUAUGCUAAGCCCAUUCUAUAAGAAGGCAGGUAGAAAUAAAUAAGCAAGUGAAUAAAUAGGUUACGCAUUUGUGGAAUAUCAUGGAAUUCUUAAUGAUUUUACAAAUAAGUGGAGCAUAUGGAAAUGUUACGAGAUGCCAAGUGAAAGUGCAGAAUACAAAACUAUAAGCAAACCAUGAUUACACCUAUAUUUAUGUAUGUAUUCUGAUACACAGAUAUGAAGGAAAUGUGCAAAAUAAAAUGCAUAUUUUAGCUGUAGAGUUAUUUUUGUUGUAACUUUUCUUUUGAGUAUAUUUUAAUGUAGAUAUACAUAGUUUUAAUGAAAUUGGCAUUACAUUUAUAAUGGAUUUAUAAAAGAUAGCAGACCAGUGUCAUUUUUCUUUUUUUUUAAAUUGAAACCAGCAAGUAAGAGCUUGUUUUUUUCCUCCUACGCAGUUGGAGAGUGACAGAUAUUGUUGAUGACCCUCACUUUCAGGAUUUCCGUCUUGCAGCCAAGUUGGGAGGAAAUGUUUCGAAUCAAAAAGGGGAAGGAUGAAGGGACUCAAGGCACUUCAUUUUGUGCGUGCCUGUGUAUAUGUGUGUGUGUGUUUUCUAGUGGGUUAACACAUUGCCUCAGCUUGUAUUAUUUCUAUCCCCAGAACAGCAUAUGAACAUUUUUUUUUGGGGAAAAAGCUAAAAUAUUUAUACAGCUGCUUCCUUUAUUUUUUUUUUGAAUACACAGAUAAUAUUUUUACUGCCUCACGAACAUCAUCAUGUCUUUGUAACUAGCAUGCUAAGCUUUAUUUCUCCUUUUGGUAGCACUAUUUUGUUAUUAAUCCCUUCUGCCCUUCCUCCUUCCCCUCCCUCCCCUUCCCUCUUAUCCCCUCCUCCGACCACUCCCCUCCCCCGUCCCUCCCUUCUCCCUUCUCCUCCCCUCUCCUUUCCUUCUUUUAAAAAUUAUAAUCUGUUAAUUUGUUUGAACCUAGGGUGCCUGAAAAUUCAGAUAACUUGAGAGUAAUUAAUUAAUUCCACAUUAGUAUUCCAAUGCGUUUGUAAUGACAGCCUUGCAAUUUUUGGGGGGUAGGUAACCAUUAAUUUUGCCUCAGUAAAAUAAAUGGCCUUUAUAUGUAAGCUAAGACUUGUAAAAAAGUAGAUUAGUGUCCUUCACCUGUGACUCUGCAAAACCAAUUCAUUCACUUUGGUUUUUCAGCCAGACAUCUGGCCAUUUUAGUUAUUUAUUGACUUAACUGAUUAAUUUGGUAGGGGAGGUUAAUACUAUUGCACCUUCAGAUAUAGCCUUAAGUUUCUAUCACCAAGAGGUGAUGGCAGUCUAACCUGUUGGCCUCAGGAUGUGCUUUGCCUUCCCUGGAUUCCUCAGACUCCUAUUUUUAUAUCAGAUUCUACUUUGGUUGCUGGCAUGACUUUAAGCUGGCAGGGCAAAGGGCUUUCUUGAAGGUGACUGUCUCCUCAACCUGUCUGACUUAAAUGGUUGGGUCAAGGAAGGAAAAAAUGGUAUGAUGCAGCAGGAACUGGGUUGUUGAAAACUGUAUUUUAUUUGCAUUUCUUGAGUUUGCACAGAACUUAAGUUACCAGCCUUUGACUAGCAAUAUAAAUUUAAAGUUUGUCUUGGGCAAACUUAACUGAAAACUCCUUUAGGCGCUUUCCUCACAUCAAUUAAAAAAAAAAAAAGAGAGGUUAAUAGAACACUAGCUACUAUUUUGUUUCCUUUUUAAUGCCACGUGAUCCAUAUACCUUGGAAGGCAGAAAAAUAAUUUUAUACUUGUGUUAAUUGAAAUAGCGUCUUUCUUGUCCUGGCUGUAGAAUGAUGGUGGGUCCUUUAAGCAGAGGACUUUGUGCACUUGAAUGGGAGCAGAAGACAGGCUGCUCAGGGUGUCUGAACUUCACACUCACAUGCCUAGAGUUGGGCUGCAUAUCUAAGAAAAUUAACAUGUGUUGCCACUGUUUUGAUCAGAGGCUUGUGUUUCUAUGCCGAAUAUUUUCAAAACAAGAAUUUUGUCAAGAAGUAAAGGUCAACAUCAGUUCUCCCUAAAGGCUUUUAAUUUCUAUUUCUUUUGGUGAUGCACUCUAAAUGUACACAUUAAAAGGGUUAUAUAAAAAUGAAUGUGACUUUUUAAGUUGUGUUUCUAAUGCUUAAGUAUGUAUAAUUAAAGUAAUCAAAAAUGUAAGAUGGUGGCUAAUUCAAAAAUUUUAAGCUUUGCUAAAACAAGAUAAAUUAGCUAAGGUAUUUCUGCUAGUAACUAUUUUUUUUUGUCUGUCAGUUACUGGGUUUCAGAAAUGAGAUAUAGAUUUGAGAAUGACCUUGUUAUUUAAUCUUUAAACAUUAAAAGUUUAGUAAACAUAGCCUCACAUUACUAUUUAUUUUAAGAGAAAAGAUAUAUUAAUAUUACACACAUACUUUUUUUUUUCCUGUUGUGCAAUCUAAAACCUGCUGGAAAGAAUAUAUAUGCUUUCCAUCAAAAAAAGUUAACAACUUUUAAAAUCCUACAGGUUCAAGUCCCAGCUGUCGAAAACUGAUCCUGGGCUGCUGCAGCUAAUGUACUUUCUUGUGAGAGGCUGAACUCUGUCACAGGUGACAGCUGACCCACUUACUCAGACCUUGAUAAAGGACCAGGCUUCUUUUAUAGGCCUUCAGAUUCUCCUGAGAUGGUCUGUCAUGUCCAGCUAUGGAUGCUGAAGCUGAAUUUCUUAUACUUAAUUUUUUAUAGCAUUUGUGUAAACUAUCAGUUUUGGAGGAAUGGUUAAAAUUCUGACACAGUGGCCUGUAAGAGUAUUUUGAGUUCCAUUUUGAAAUGAAGGCUAGAAGAUGCUAUGAGUUUGGUUAUAGAGCCCCUUAAAGUGUGUAAGACAGUUUUUGUUUUUUAAUUAGUUGUUUGAAUUUUAUUAACAUAAUUAACUUCAUAACUUCCAUUUGUGAGAUUCCAGGAUUUUUCUACCUUCUUGGUAACUUUUUCAGUGAAGUAGAUAUUUCCAGGUGCAAAACUUUAUGACCUAAAUAAUUUGUAAUCAUUUCCAUAGUAUGUGCAAGUAUUUUAAAGGAGUCAGGUGUCUGAACAAAAGCCACCCAAGAUUGUGGCUGGCAUUUGUGUUUAUUUGCCUUAACAUACAUAUAUUGGCUUUAGCAUAUUUUCUCUAAAGUAGGGGUCCCCUGGGCCUCCGACCUGUAGCAGUCUGUGGCCUGUUAGGAACCUGGGCACACAGGAGGUGAGUGGCGGGCCAGCAAGCAUUACUGCCUGAGCUCCUCUGCCUUCUGUCAGAUCAGCAGUGGCAUUUGAUUCUCCUAGGAGAACAAACCCUAUUGUGAACUGCGCAUGUGGGGAUCUAAGUUGGAUGCUUCUUAUGAGAAUCUAACAAAUGCCUGAUGAUCUGAGGUGAAACAGUUUCAUCCAGAAACCAUCCAUCCACCCCUGCCUUGUACAUGAAAAAAUUGUCUUCCAUGAAACCGGUCCCUGGCACCAAAACAGUUAGGGACCACUGCUUUAAAGUAUAUGUGCUUUUGCAUUGCAAUUUAGGUGUAGGAGUUUAUGCUGUUUUUGCCUUUUUGUUUUCAUUGUGUAAAUUAUCAGCCAAAACUUUUGUCGAAUGACUGCAAAGUCUUGGUCUGUGUUCCCUGGACUGGCUUUGUGAUGAUUCACACUAGUAUUGAUUAAUGGCAUGAUUCAUAGUAGCUUGCAUUGAUAAGUUCAAGAACUCCCUUUGUUGACUUUGUGGGUCAUGCUUGACCAUCUUGGAAGAGGUGUUUCCCUGAGAUAAGAGUAGCCAACGUCGAUAUGUAUUAGAAAAACACACACACACACACACAACACACACACACACACAACACACACACACACACAGUGGCAUUUGAAAGGGAAGGGAAAGGAAUUAAUAUCAAUUAAUUCUUUGAAAUGUAUCUCUUUGUUUCAGAUGAUGUGGGACACCGGUUUGUGUGAUGUGAUAUAAGAAGGGGGAACUCUUUAAGCCAUACAAAAACAUGGAUCUUAAGUGAUUUGAUAUGUACAGGGGUUAUAAAUCUUGUAUUCCAUUUAUUUACAGAUUAGUCAUAUUAGAUAUAAAUCUAUUUAGCAGGGAAAAUAUAAGCAAUUUAUCUUUAAUGGAAGGGAUGGUUGGGAGGCCAUAAUCGCCUCUUCUACUACUUGAUAAGAUAUGAUUAAAGGAAAGCAAGUUAAGGAUAGUAAUUAAACAUAAUCCUUUAUGUCAAAAUUAAUAUUGCAUGAAUUUUGAAUUCUAUAUUUACCUGAAAGAAACCUGUAAAAUCUCUGUGCUGUGUGGACGUUACAGAUUUUAGUGCAUUGAGGUAUGAGACAAUGAGUACAGGUAGAGGGUUAGAAUCCUUGUCUCCCAUCAGUAUUUGGGUUUGUGUUUGUGUGGUUUUCUUGCUGUUGUUAGAAACAAUACGUUUCUUAAGAAGAUGCCAAAAGAACUUGCUUUAGCAAGUUGACAUCUAUUGAUGAAUGACAUUUUAAUCCCCAUAUUUUAAAUGAUGUUUGGUUACUAUUUGUUUGAAAGCAACUGAAUAAAAACAUCUUCAGCUAUCCAGAUUCCAAUCUGUACAGAUGACUAAUCAUGUUGAAUAUUUGAACAUAAAGGUUCUAGUGAAAAAUAAAAAUUAAAACAAAAAAAUGUAGUCGCUCCUAGAUUUGAAAGUACAGAAUGUUUUCUGUGCCUUUUAGAUAUGGGUAACUAUGACAUUGAAAACAAUGGUAACCACGGGAAAUGCACCUUACAAAAUAAAUAAGGGGAAAAAAAAGACAUGGGGGUGGGGAGUAGGAAGGAGUUGGUGUAGUAACAGCUUGAGUUAAAAAAAGAAUAAGAAUAUGGAACUGAUGUAAGAAAAUGCAGAGUUUUCGUGAAAAGUAGAGGAAAUAGGUGAGAUGUUGAAACUAAGGGUAUGAGGAUAUGAAAGAUACAGCCACAGCUGUUCCAUUUCCUCCAAGUCACCGGCUUACAGCAAAAGAAGUGUUUGAUAAUGAUGGAAAACCUCGUGUGGAUAUCUUAAAGGCACAUCUUAUGAAGGAGGGAAGGCUGGAAGAGAGUGUUGCAUUGAGAAUAAUAACAGAGGGUGCAUCAAUUCUUCGACAGGAAAAAAAUUUGCUGGAUAUUGAUGCACCAGUCACAGUUUGUGGGGACAUUCAUGGACAAUUCUUUGACUUGAUGAAGCUCUUUGAAGUCGGGGGAUCUCCUGCCAACACUCGCUACCUCUUCUUAGGGGACUAUGUUGACAGAGGGUACUUCAGUAUCGAAUGUGUGCUGUAUUUGUGGGCCUUGAAAAUUCUUUACCCCAAAACACUGUUUUUACUUCGUGGAAAUCAUGAAUGUAGACAUCUAACAGAGUAUUUCACAUUUAAACAAGAAUGUAAAAUAAAGUAUUCAGAACGCGUAUAUGACGCCUGUAUGGAUGCCUUUGACUGCCUUCCCCUGGCUGCCCUGAUGAACCAACAGUUCCUGUGUGUACAUGGUGGUUUGUCUCCAGAGAUUAACACUUUAGAUGAUAUCAGAAAAUUAGACCGAUUCAAAGAACCACCUGCAUAUGGACCUAUGUGUGAUAUCCUGUGGUCAGACCCCCUGGAAGAUUUUGGAAAUGAGAAGACUCAGGAACAUUUCACUCACAACACAGUCAGGGGGUGUUCGUACUUCUACAGUUACCCGGCUGUAUGUGAAUUCUUACAGCACAAUAACUUGUUAUCUAUACUUCGAGCCCACGAAGCCCAAGAUGCAGGGUACCGCAUGUACAGGAAAAGCCAAACAACAGGCUUCCCUUCUCUAAUUACAAUUUUUUCAGCACCGAAUUACUUAGAUGUAUACAAUAACAAAGCUGCAGUAUUGAAGUAUGAGAACAAUGUUAUGAAUAUCAGGCAAUUCAACUGUUCUCCUCAUCCAUACUGGCUUCCAAAUUUCAUGGAUGUUUUUACUUGGUCCCUUCCAUUUGUUGGGGAAAAAGUGACUGAGAUGCUGGUAAAUGUCCUCAACAUCUGCUCAGAUGAUGAACUAGGGUCAGAAGAAGAUGGAUUUGAUGGUGCAACAGCUGCAGCCCGGAAAGAGGUGAUAAGGAACAAGAUCCGAGCAAUAGGCAAAAUGGCCAGAGUGUUCUCAGUGCUCAGAGAAGAGAGUGAGAGUGUGCUGACGCUGAAAGGCUUGACCCCAACUGGCAUGCUCCCCAGCGGAGUACUUUCUGGAGGGAAGCAAACCCUGCAAAGCGCUAUCAAAGGAUUUUCACCACAACAUAAGAUCACUAGCUUCGAGGAAGCCAAGGGCUUAGACCGAAUUAAUGAGAGGAUGCCGCCUCGCAGAGAUGCCAUGCCCUCUGACGCCAACCUUAACUCCAUCAACAAGGCUCUCACCUCAGAGACUAACGGCACGGACAGCAAUGGCAGUAAUAGCAGCAAUAUUCAGUGACCACUUCCUGUUCACUUUUUUUUUUUUUUUUUUUUUUUUUGAGCUGCAGGGCAUGAUGGGGAUUGCUGCAUAUCAGCAGUUGGAUGUUCUUGCCUCUGACAGUAGCUUAUUUGCUCUGGGGGCCAGGAAUUGGAUUCAGUUUACACUAUCAUUAAAAAAGAGAGAGAGAUAAUAAACUAUAUUUUGGUGGGGAUGGUGAUUAAACACCUCUUUUGGGUAUGCCUUUUAAAAAUGCUUAUAGAGAAAAAAAAUUUUAAAAAGAAAGCUAAUGCUAGUAUAUACUGCAAUGUUAGGGGAAUGAACAUGUUUUCCUACCGCAUUGGGGACUUCUAGAUAGGUUAAUGAAAGGCCUUUUAUUCUGUUACUGGACAUGAAAACUUUGUCUAAUUUCUUACUCUAUUGUACGUUUACAGUCGCAGCACUAAAAAUGGAUGACAUCAAACAUUUUUAACAAAAUGAUGUACAAACUAAGGACUAUUUAUUGAUAAUGUUUUGCUACUCUUGUCAGACAAUGGCUAUAAACUGAAUUAGGCAGUCUUAAAAAAAAAAAAAAAAAACAGAAAAAGAAAAAAAAGAACGUUGCAAAUUUGUUAAAAUGCCAAAAAGGACAGUUUAAUUUUGUACAGAUUAUGCUUACCUCAGGUUUCUUUAGUGUGCUUGAAUGCCCUUCUUUCCAUAUAACACUUAUCUUAUUAAUUCGGCAAUGGAAUAUCUUUUCUUUAAGUUUUAAAAAAACUGGAAUAAUUAUAUCUAUCUUUUUUGCUGUUUAUAUUUAGGGAUUUUUGUUGAUAAAAUCAAGUCUUGGUUGUGGCUUGCUGAAUUAAAUAUUUAUGAGUGGUGCAUUUUUAAGUAUAGUGAACAAGACACCAUAUUAAGUACAGUGAUAAAGCAUCUAUAUUCUGUAAAAAAAAAAAAAAUCUGCCUAUGCAUGUUUUUUAAGAAAAAAAAAAUGGCUGUAUCGGCCUGUAUGGGACUGUAAUGCGCUUAGUGGUCUGACAUAUACUGGAAAUGUAUGUAUACUGGCGUACUUUAUAUUCUCUAAAAUGCUUAAUGCCUUUGAAAUUUUGUAAUCAAAAAAAGCUUUGAAAAAAUCUAAAGGGGAGAGUAUUCUUUAAAGUUUUUAACAUAAGCUUGUCAGUGCACAUGUAGAUGGUUAGCAUGUUUAGCAAACCUUGUGAAAUUAUAAUAAGUUUGUAGUUACAUGUGAAACUCUAAAUGCAUGGUAACUGUUAAUGUCAUAACAGUUUAGUUAUUUUGUUCUGUUCUGUCAUGUGCCACAAAAUAUGUACUUUUUUCACUUUUUUCCCUUUGUAUAUCAGUUACGGGUUACAACUGGUUCAUUUUGAAAACAACAACAACAAAAGUCCAUUCAUAUUUUUUAACAAUUGUAUAAGUGCCCAAGUAAUUCACUACAGCCUAAAGCCUUGCCUUUGUAAUUUGACUUCUGACAUGUUGGCAAUCAAAGCAUGCACUUGUAACAAUGAAAAAGAAAAAGCAUUUUAUAUUACUACUCAAUAAAAUGUGCAUGAACUUACAGAAUUCUCAUCCUUCCACUGAGUCCGCUGAAGGGAUUUAUGUGCACAACCACCAUGUGUCUUCUAGGUGCUGGCCCACCACCACACACCACAGGCUGAUUUCCACAGGCUUCUUCCUAGGGGCCUCGUGAUGUGAGGGGUGGUGCCUACUUCCACUGUAAGAAUCUUGGUGGAUUUGUGUCUCAAAUCAGAUAAGAGAAGUCUAUUUAAAGAGCAGAUGCCAUCUUCUGGCUUCCUCAAGGAGCCAGUUAAGAAACCAGAGCAUUCCUUUUUAUUGAAAAAUAAAAUUAAUUUGUUAUCAGGUUGUUUCAGUUGUAUUGGAUGCCCUAUCUGCUAAAGCAAAAAGUACUAGGCUACUAAGUGCAUUUUCAUCACAGAAAAGAGUUGCAUUUGUAUUAAUAAGAAAUUUGUAUACCCAUGCUUCAGCUACUAUCUAAUCACCUGAAGAUUUAAGAUACACCAAAUUUCAGUUUGUUUGUAACAUUGUUCAUCUUUAGUGCACUUUGUUUUAUAUAAUAAAGUAUGCCUGUUAUAUUAAAUAAUAAGAAUAUGGCAAUUAGUGAUAUAGCAUACCCAAACAAAGAUGUUCUAGAUGUAGUCUGGCUAAGACUAUCCCAAGUUUAUUUUAAUGAAUUCAGACAUUUUUUCCUGUGGAUAUUUCUCCAUCCUAAAAAAAGUGGCAACCAAGGAAAAUAUUUAGAUGCAACUUACUAGAAUGAUGUGAAAGAAAUGGUGAUUCUGGUAUCAUGAUGUUUAUUUUCUUGCUUAUAACUGCAGAGAAAAUAUCCUGACUAAAAAAAAUUCAUUUUUUUGGAUUCCUUUCUUUUACAAAUUGUGCUGAGGCAACUAUGGCAUAGAAAUAAACAUUUGACAUUAAAAUAA